GGCUCCCAAUGCGGUGGCGCCAGUAAUCACGGCAUCGACGAUGCACCAAUGCUCGCUCUUCAUACUUACCCUCCUAUGUGUCUCAGUCAAAGAUAUAUCAGGUAGCUGGGAAGAAUGGUGGACGUACGAUGGCAUAUCAGGUCCCGGCUUUUGGGGUCUGAUCAACCCUCAAUGGAGCAUGUGCAACAAGGGCCGCCGGCAGAGUCCGGUCAACAUCGAACCGGACAAGUUGUUGUUCGACCCCUGGCUGAGGGACAUACAGUUUGACAAGCAUAAGGUCAGCGGGGUCCUGCAGAACACAGGCCAGUCCUUAGUCUUCCGAGUGGAGAAAGACUCGAAGCACCAGGUCAACAUCAGCGGGGGACCGCUCUCCUACCGAUACCAGUUUGAAGAGAUCUACUUCCAUUAUGGCAUGGGCGACAACCGAGGGUCUGAACACCAGAUUGACCACCACACUUUUCCUGGAGAGAUCCAGCUUUAUGGCUUCAACAAGGAACUGUACCACAACAUGUCCGAGGCCCAGCACAAAUCACAAGGGGUUGUCGGCAUUUCAUUGAUGGUGCAAAUCGGAGAACCCACGAAUAAGGAGUUGAGGCUCAUCACAAGCGCGUUCAACAAAGUCAUGUUUCGUGGCAGUUCGUUCCCCAUCAAGCAUCUCCCGCUCAGUUCCUUGCUGCCAAACACCCAGCAGUACUUAACGUAUGAGGGUUCUACCACGCACCCUGGUUGCUGGGAGACGGCCGUCUGGAUCAUCUUCAACAAACCCAUUUAUAUUUCCAAGCAGGAGAUGUACGCGUUGCGUCAGCUCAUGCAAGGGUCACAACUGACCCCGAAGGCGCCUCUCGGCAACAACGCCCGGCCAGUGCAGCCACUCCACCACCGCACUGUCAGGACCAACAUCAACUUCAACAAGCAAGGGGCUCAGGUCUCCAGUAACUGCCCAGAUAUGUACCGCAACAUGCAUUAUACAGCUCGAUUCUCUCACAGACGUUCGAAAAAAAGUGUUGCAUGCAAACGAAAGAAAUCCCCAGAGAAAUGUCACGCACACAGAAAUGUCACCACGAAUAGCGACGCAAUGGCCUAGGGACCACAGCAUACGUUAUCGCAGUGCGGAAGACCUAUCUAUGCUAUCCCCUAACUAAUUUAAUUAUUUUAUGUAACUUUUUUUCUUCUUUUAAUAUUAAAUACAACUAUUUAGUUGGUGUUGUAGGUUGAUCCUAUUUUUAUACUCUGUUCUUAAAUUUAAAACUCAUGUGCAUUUUAUUCUUAGAAAUGUACUAACAAGAAAUUGAUGUUAAUAUUUUUACUCAUUUUUGGAAGCAUUUAAAAGUUAUUAUAUUGAAUUUGGUCAAUUCUCUUAUAAAUAAAAGUUAUCCUUAUAGUUUCACAAAAAUAUAAAUUGUAAUGCACAAUAUUAUUAUAUGCUUACACUGUAUAAAAUGUGUACAUUAGAAUAGUUCCUGUAGAUUAGUUAUAUAGCAAUUAUAAAUUGUCAAUUGGGUAGACAAUAUCUUCCUUACAACUGUACCUAAGCAAUAUAAAUACGUACAUUUACUGCAAAGCUUCUUACUCCAUUUUUAUAAAGUCGCGUAAACCACAGUAAUACAAUAAGCUAAAAUCAAUAAGAAAUCAAUUCAUUAAAACAAAUUACUAAUAAUUAGACCAGAAAUAAAAUAUGCAUAUUGUAUUUCUGUGGAAAUCAUACUGUGACCUUACAAUACAAAUACGUAGGCUUACGUAGAAAAUAGCUGUAUAUAAAUGUGUAUAUAUUUUUCUAGUAUAACUGAAUAAAGUAUCGUAAUUCGUCCACACUGUAAAGUGUAUUUAUCUACUGCAAUAUAAUUAUUAACUGUUAAAAUAAACGUUAGAGAGUUCGCGUGUAUAAGAUUUCUAAAAUGCUAGUAAAUGUAAAAUUUUGAAUUAUAAAAGAUGUACUUUAUAUGACUUUAAACAGCUUGUAUACAUGUAACUUAUUAGAAUUAAUAUGUAGCUAACUUUCAGCUAGCUAAGGCGUCGAAUCUUAUUACAUAAUUAGAAAUUACACAGUUAAAUAUACAAUUGAAUUUAAAGUAUACAUGGCUUUAAAUACUUCUCUAAAAUAUAUCCUGCGUUACGCUGUGUAACAUCAUACUAAUGGAGGCUUAUGACUAGCAUUGUAUCAAUUAUAUAAAUAUAAAAACUAGAAGCUACUAAGGUUAAUUAAAAUAGAAACGUAUGCACAAACUAAGGUUCUUAAUUGGGGUAAUAUUUCUAUGAAGAAGUUAUUAUAAAAUGAAAAAAACAUUCACGGACUAUGUCAAUAUGGAUUUUUUGGAUCUUUUUAAUUUUCCAGGUCAUAAUUAAUCACAGUUUUUGAAUUUUUAUCGCUGAAACAAAGUUUUUACGAAAUCAUCUAGCAAAAAAAAUUCAACAUAGUUAUGAUUGUGGUUAAAAUAUCUUAACAAUGGGGAUGGUCAAAAAGAUUAUUACUCCAAUUAAUUAACAUAUACAUAACAAAAUACUAUUUAUAUCGAAACUCCGGAGUUUUUUGUUAUUAGGUUUAUUGUAACAUUAUUCGAGGCUAAAAACUGUAAUGUAACAGCGGAAUUAAUGUCGUAGGAAGUAGGGCCUGUGUUGUUUGUUACGUUGUAAGUUUAAAUU